UGCACACGUGCCGCGGGACCCGUGCGCUGGCGCCGGCGUGGCCGGUCGGACUCGGCGGAGGCGCUGGGCUCCUGGCGCUCUUCCCUCAGCGGCCAACUGGCUGGGGAGCGUCGUCCUCCUCUGCCCCCAGGAGGUGCAGCUGGGGUGCCCCGCGGCGCUUCUGAAUGGAGAUUCUCGCCUGCGGAUUGGGCUGCCGGGCAGUACGACCUGGAAGCCGCCUCCUGGACCUAUUCCUCGCCAGUCCCCGUAGGACGCGCGCCUCGCUGGGCUCCGUAGCGGCCAAAUUGGUUUGCAUCCCAGCGCCGGGCUUGGGGCGCCCAGCUUUGGCCUGAAGCUGGAAUCUUCUCGCAGCGCUUCGUGCCCCGUGGUGGGAAACUACGGCUUCAUCGGGUUCUCCCAUCUGAUCAGUUCAUUUCCCCAGGGACCAGAGACAUGCGUGGUCGCCAGCGCCCCUGUCUCUCCAGAAGUCGGGCAAUGGAGAAGUUUGCAAGCGGGGCAAAGGACGUUGAAAGGGUUGUUUUUCUAUCAAGGGGUAGAGCCAACUCACCAGCAGUUGUAAUGCAUGCUGCUCAAUCUUGCUGCCGCCAAGCCCUGACUUGUCCAAGCCCUAGCUUCGCAGAAUCUGAGGUUUUGCACUCCUCCUCUGGGGUUAUGCGGUGCUUGUCAUAAGCUCCAGGGAGUUGCCCUUCACUGAGGCCAGCAGCAUGAAGUCCAAUCCCGCCAUCCAAGCUGCCAUUGACCUCACAGCCGGGGCUGCAGGGGGCACAGCCUGCGUGCUGACCGGGCAGCCUUUUGACACGAUGAAGGUGAAGAUGCAGACGUUCCCUGACCUGUACCGGGGCCUCAGUGACUGCUGCCUCAAGACCUACGCCCAGGUGGGCGUCCGCGGCUUCUACAAGGGGACCAGCCCAGCACUAAUCGCCAACAUCGCAGAGAACUCGGUGCUCUUUAUGUGCUACGGCUUCUGCCAGCAGGUGGUACGGAAAGUGGGGGGACUGGACAAGCAGGCAAAGCUCAGCGACCUGCAGAACGCGGCCGCUGGGUCUUUUGCCUCUGCCUUUGCCGCGCUGGUGCUUUGCCCUACGGAGCUGGUGAAGUGCCGCCUCCAGGCCAUGCACGAGAUGGAGACUUCAGGGAAGAUUGUCAACAGCCAGAACACGGUUUGGUCUGUCGUGAAGAGCAUCCUUAGGAAGGAUGGUCCCUUGGGCUUCUACCACGGACUCUCAAGCACUUUACUUCGAGAAGUACCAGGCUAUUUCUUCUUCUUUGGUGGCUAUGAACUGAGCCGAUCAUUCUUUGCAUCAGGGAGAUCAAAGGAUGAACUAGGUCCUGUGCCUUUGAUGUUAAGUGGUGGAGUUGGUGGGAUUUGCCUCUGGCUUGCUGUAUACCCAGUGGACUGCAUUAAAUCCAGAAUUCAAGUUAUGUCCAUGUCUGGCAAACAAGCGGGAUUUACCGGGACUUUGCUAAGUGUUGUGAGGAAUGAAGGAAUAGCAGCCUUAUAUUCUGGACUGAAACCUACUAUGAUUCGAGCAUUUCCUGCCAAUGGGGCACUAUUUUUGGCCUACGAGUACAGCAGGAAGUUGAUGAUGAGCCAGUUCGAAGCAUACUGAAGUGUCUUGGUGGGCCUGGAUCCAAACACAGGGAAUGAGGACUGCAGUUCAUCUCAGGGUUUCGCGGAGGAUGAGACUGUGUGGAAUGAGUCUGAUUUCUUGGGAAAUCUGUUUUUGUCUUCCUUUCUUCUGCCCUAAGUCUUAAACUUUAUGGAAGGACCUCGAUUUUUACAUCCUAUAAUUUCUAUCUAAAAUUUGUAUUGAAAUUGAAAAGCUGGUGCUCUUGCCCUUGGUAGAAUGUACGAGUACAGGUGGCUCUUUGCUCCCAACCUCGAAGGUGAAUGUGGUUCUGUCAGGGCACUUGCAUCAGCCUGGAUGCAUUACAUGCAGUUUGGGUGGGAUUGAGUGAAUGGAAACAGUGUGGUUUAAUGUUAAAUCUCAAUUAUCAACAGAAAAACCCAGAAGUGACUAUUUUUCAUGAACAUGAUUAUAAAUAAUUGCUUAACCUAUUCUAGAUACAGGGUCUCUUUUAAAGUCUGCUUUACCUGCAUACUAUGCUAAGUGGUUAAAGUUAUUCAAAAGUUUUCAUAUGGUAUGUUAAAAACUAAAACAUCCAUGUAGAUUACUAAGGGCAUAACCUGCAUCCUGGUGUGGUUUCCACAUUCUUGCUAUUUCUGAGUAGUCAUCCUGGAUUUUCCAAGAUGCUCUCCUUCUACCUUAGUGCCAUGUAUUUUCUAGAUGGGACCACAGCCCAUACUCCAACUGUAUUGCAGCAGGUGGCCUGGAAGAUAGGGCCUUUGGGAAGCAGUGUGGCCUUCACCAAAUUCCCUUCUCCCAAAGAACUUCCCCCAGCUGGAGGUUGGAGUGGUAGUGCGCUGGGGUAGGAGUGAGCUGCUGUGCUUUGGUGAAGACCCAUGUGGCUGGCAUAGGUAUUAGCUACCGCCUCUGGCUUGGGUAGGGUCCAUGCUGUCCUGUUGGCCUGUCUGGGAUGGUUGAUCCACUCUGAAACACCCACUGUCCUCUCUGUCUCUACUGAUGGGAAACCCUUCCAGGGAAAAGAAUGCCAAAAUCAAGAGAAGUCUUUGUUUACUGGCUGGUGACUGAGGGGCAGAACUGGAGGAUGAUCUCCUCCCCUGUCAUCUAGAAAGAACCACAGGCUUCUGCCCCAUAGGCAGACCCACCUGCAGCUUAGCUCUGGGUCCGAAACUCCCCAGCAUAUGUCCCCAGUGAAGAGCUGCCUACAUUUGGUAAGUGUUCUCAGUAAGUUAUAAUGAUGACUGUAUGUGGGGUGUGACUUUAUAAAGCAAUAGAACAUAGAAGCACCUUAUUAAACCUGCCAAAUGUAUGGUUAUAUCAACCAAAACCACCACUCAAGCCCGUUAGUCUGAUCCCCGCAGGCUUGCUGAUGGGCAGCUGCUCUUUGGCCAUGUGGAGUAGGAGGGUCAUUCUCGUCACCACUGGAGUGUGCUUCAGCAUCCUCUGCUGCUCCAAGACCAGCAGGCUCUCUCAAUAAAAAGUGUUGUUAGGCAGCCUGGGAGGCUGAGAGCCAGAGGCCAACACAGCAGAAACAGUCCUUGCCUGUAUCUCCUCCAUCCUGGCAGAAUGGAAACAUUGUGUGAAACCUCUGGUUUCCUUAAGCUUUUUGCUCUCCCUGAGGCCUCAGUGGCAGCUCUUAGCCAUGGUGCUAGAAGCAAGAAGGGGCCGGCACAUGGGCCAGGGGUGGGCCUGGAAGUUGCUUUCUGUUUGCUUUUUAAGAGAAAACCAAUUUUUGACUUGACUUUUCUCUCCAUACUUUACUGAUCAGUAGCUACUUAGUGGUGCUUCCCAUGAAUGGGCCUGGAUGGAAACAAAACAGCAGAAGGGGCUGCUUUCCUGCAGGAAGUGAAUUGUUGUAGCGUCUUCCAUCCCAGGAGCUCAGCAGAGCAGCCCUUUUGGUUUGGGGUCUUUGCAAAUUGUCUAUUCUAGGCUUACCUAAACAUGCUCAGCAGAAACAGUCUGAGGCAGUGGGAGUAAGGCCGGGAGAUCUCAGUCAGGAGGAUUUUUUUCAUUCUAUUUUUAAAUUCAUGGUUCAAUUAUACCAUUUUAGAUCUGUACUCCAAAGAAAAUAUUGUGUUUAAAGAAAUGUGUUUUGAAGAAUUUGAGUGUUCUAUCAUUAAAUUAUUUACCUACUA